AUGCCUCCGCCAUCACGUGCUCAUACUACCGCAGCUGCGUCUCAACAAGCACGUCAGAAUCGAAAUGCUAGAGCGAGGCAUUCACUGGACAAUACUGGCUUCUCCAUCGACAGCUCAGAACUUCCAUCAGGCUUGAUUGUUGAUUACAGCAUAGAUGAUAUCGUAAGACCUGGGAACGUUGCAGAGCUCAGGCGUGGACAGCAGGCAGAGAGCAUCCAUCCAGAUGAUGAAGAUGAAGAUGAUGGAGAUGGAGAUAUAGAUCCAGAGGAUGUAGAUCCAGGUGUUUUAGAUGGCGCACCUUCAACGUCUGGCGACCCGCUGCCUCCACGCGGACUGAAAGAAAUAUCGUCCCUGGCAUCCUGGACCGUCAGCACCAGCAAACCUGGCUGCGGUGUCGCUGCCCUACGCCAUCCAUCAUCCUCCCUCUUCUGGCAAAGCGAUGGUCCACAACCUCAUCUCCUGACCGUACACUUCUUCAAGCAAGUCGCCGUCGCUCACAUCCGCAUCUACCUCGACUUUGAGAACGACGAGAGUUACACACCAACCCGCAUGCAGUUCUGGGCAGGCACUGGUCUCCACGAUCUUGUUGAGUUCGCCGAUAUGCAGUUCGAGCAACCUCGUGGCUGGAUCCCUGUCGACUUUUCGCAGGUCGGACCUAUCGACGAAGAAGAUAAUGAAGAUUCGGACUCUAUUGAUUGGAGCAAGAGACCUCUGCUCCGCUGCUUCAUUCUGCAAGUUCGCAUCCUUGAAAACCAUCAAAAUGGCAAGGACACCCAUCUUCGCGGUCUGCAAAUAUUCGCUCGCGACGAGAGGGCUGAGGAGAAUGUCGGCCUGAUGGAGGACGAUGCUGAUACCAAGGAGGGCGCGCGUGUCGAUAGAAUGGACAUACCUGUUCGCUCCAAGGAGAAGCGUAAACGCUCAGAGGGCUUGCCUAAGCUCAAGAAGGCUUCGUUUAUGAUGGAGCCGGAAUUGAGAUGA